UGUCCUGUCUCGCGACCGCUUCUCUCCAUCCAGAAGUCCCUCGGCAGACCAGACGAGACGCCCGUCCUCUCUCAAGAUGCUCCGGUCCUUGUCUCUCCUGAUAAUUUUGUCCGUGUCAUGUUCCGCGGAGGAGGUAUGGAAGAAGUCUCAGGUGUGUGCCAAUGUAUUCUGCGGAGCAGGUCGAGAGUGUGCUGUCUCUGAGAAGGGGGAGCCCACCUGCGUAUGUGUGGAGUUCUGUAAGCCCAACAAGCGCACGGUGUGUGGCAGUAAUGGCAAGACGUAUCGUAACCACUGUGAGCUGCACAGAGACGCCUGUCUGACCGGGGUCAAGGUGCACGUGGACCACGAUGGACACUGCGAAGAGAGGAAGACAGACAAGCCAGCUACAAGCCCCAUUGUGUGCUACCUGGCCGACCGUAAUGAGCUGCGUGGUCGUGUGAUCGAGUGGCUUCAGGGCGAGGUGGAGCCUGACGGCUGGUUCUCCAAAGGAUCCAACUUCAGCGACGUCCUGCUCAAGUACUUUGAGAACUACGAUAAUGGUGACUCCAAACUGGACUCCACUGAGUUCCUCAAGUUUAUCCAGCACAACGAGACAGCUGUCAACAUCACAUCAUACAACAACCAAGAGAACAACCGCCUACUGAGGAGCCUGUGUGUGGAUGCCCUAAUUGAGCUCUCUGAUGAGAAUGCAGACUGGAAGCUGAGCUUCAACGAGUUCCUGAACUGCCUCAAGCCAGACUUCAACCCUCCAGAGAGAAAGUGUGCUCUUGAGGACGAGACGUAUGAGGACGGGGCGGAGACGCAGGUGGAGUGCAACCGCUGUGUCUGCGCAUGCGGCAACUGGGUCUGCACAGCCGUCACCUGUGAAGCUGCCCCGGAGCCUCUGCCAGCCCUGGAGGAGACAGCUGAUGAUCUGGACCAGGAGAUGACAGAGGAGGAGUGGACGCGCAGGGUUGCAGAACUCAACAAGCUACAGGUGAGGCAGGACAGCAGGUACAGGUGA